UUCUCCUUCUUUUCGCGCCGCUCGGCUGCUUCAGAUAAAAUCGUAUUCCUCUCUCUGCAGUCUCCGAUCUAAAUUCACAACCUAUAGAAAAUGGGAUCACGACAAGGACCACCGAAGCAUCAGAACAAGUUCGCCUGGGUUCCCAAAUCCGGCGUCAAGAUCAACGAAACGGAAGUCGGUGGGAGAUUCAGACCACUAUCGGAGAUUACCGGAGUUUGCUAUCGCUGUCGAGAGCAGAUAGCUUGGAAACGCCGCUACGGCAAAUACAAAACCCUAACUGAAGCCGCCAAAUGUCAGAAGUGUACAAAGCGAAAUGUUCGUCAAGCAUACCAUAAGUUAUGCCCUGGUUGUGCCAAGGAGCAAAAAGUGUGUGCAAAGUGUUGUUCCCGUGUUGAUCAAAUCAUUGGAAGAGAUAUUUAUGAGGUAGAGGCUGAACAGAAGAUGCUUGAUGAGACUAUCAAGAAUGCUAGGGAAAGGGAUCGAAGGACCCUGUUACGUGCUAUGAACAAAGAUAACAAGCCGAAUAAAUCAGAUGAAGCCGCAACAAGGAGUGAUAGCAGCAAGGUUGGUGAUGUGUUUCCCUCAACAUCCCUUGAAGAAUAUGCAAACAAGUCAGGAAGAGUUAGCGGGAGUAUUGGUCAUGGUAGCGUACCUGAUCAUGGCCAUGAUGAUGAUGAUGAUGAUGAUAAUGCGAGUGGACCUGAAUCAGAUGAGGAUCACACUGGUGACGAUGAGCAUGAUUUGCGAGAAGACAUUGAUGCAACUGAGCCAUCUCAACUGCAGAAGUAAACUCAAUUUUGAUAGUAUCCUGAGAUUUUGCAAAACCGUUUAUUGCUGUUAUUUUGAGAGUAGACUUUACUUUGUCACCUGCAAUGCAAGACUAGCAAAGGAUAUUUAUAUGGUUGUAUCUUGUAUGUGAUGUGAUUUAAACGGGCCUUUCAGUAGACGUUCUUUACCGGCCCAAUUUCUAGUAA